UAAUAAAAAAAUAAAUCAUAAUAUUAUUAAAAAAGUAUUCACGGCGUUAAAAAAUAUUGUGAUCUUAAUAUUAUUUAUUAAAAUUAAAAAUAUUAUAUUAUAUAAAUUAUAAACAUUAAUCAAUUUUCAUGAUCACGAAUACAUUAGACAAGUACAAACUACUAUAAAAGUACGAAUUACAUUAUAGACUAUAGUAUAUUGUUAUAGUUCUACGGUUUAACUAUGAUUUAUGAAUUACGCAAUAACAAAUAAUAUAGGUAGUGUUUGGUAAUAACUAAUAACUAUCUAAAUAUCUUUUUACAGUAUAAAAAUAAAUGUUUAAUUUUGAACAUUUGUAGUCCCUAGUCUACAUUGUUAACUUGAGAAUUGAGAUGACGAACGAAUCUGCGAAUUGCACUAUGCAUCAUACAAACAUUGUAAAAGUUAAGUGUGACUGGCAGUCAAACGUUUGUGGAUUGGACAUCGAGGACUGUGUUGUUUCCAGUCCAAAGCAGUCCGAAACUGAUGCCAACAAACUUGACGUCUUGCAACUAAUAACGGAAUUGGAUUGCAAGGGUGUGAAUUUCGAAAAACCUGAACAUUUAAACGACUUUUUCAUAAACAUCAAUUGCGAUCCGUUGCAUGUAAUCAAUACAAUAGUUGUGUGUUCUGAGGCCAGAAUCAUAGAACUGUUUGGGAAGACGGGAGAAUAUGUUUCUAUACAUCAGUCUUUAGGUCACGAUGAUUUAAGUGAUGGAGUUAAAAUGUACUCUCAUAUGAUACCCAUUAACAGUACAGAGUGUGCUUUAAAGUUGAAACAAUAUAAUAAUUCAGAUUUUGUUUGGAUUUUUGGCAUAAUAAUUUAUUUAACCGAUAUGAAAGAGCAUCCUAAUAAAUUCUUGGGCCCUAUAAAUAUGCAGAACGUUCAACAUUUGUUGGAGUCAAAACCAUUAGAUUUAAAUGCCUUAAAACUCUUUUCUAUGUUAAGUCUGAAAGAAUCAAAAUCAAUUAAUAAUGAUAUUUUAAUGUCGAUUUUCAAUAAUAUGGAAAAUUCUAAAUUUCCAAAUAGUGAUACUGAGGGAAAUCAAAUCAUGUUGAUUGGUUUCAAAGAAUUCGAAAAAAAAGUAGAAGACAAACUCCAAAGUAUGGCUGUUCAAAUUAAUACAAUUGAGAAUAACAUUGAAACAUUAAAUAAAAAGUUUGACUUAUUGUUAAGUGCACUACAUGAUAAGAAUACUUUGUUAUAAUGUUAUUUUAAUAUUAUGUUUUGUUUGAAUCUUAUUGCAAUCCACAAACAAUGACAAGAUUAAAGAUAGAAUUCUAUUUCUAUUUUGUAAUGGUUGUAACUGUUUUAUUUUUUAAAAUUGUAUAUUUUUAAUUUUAUUGAAUACACAGACUGAAAUAUUUAAUUUAACAUAAGACUUAUAUGAAACUUAUCUAAAAUAUAAAAUAAUUGUUAUAUUUUUA